AUGCAUUUGCUGUCGCUGAAAACCACACUUUUUGUCGUUUUCGUGUUUGCAUUAUUGUCUUCUUUAAGAGUAUCUGGAAGUGACAUAUGGAAAAGGGAACCACAAAAUCCGCAACCUACGUCAGUUUCCAGUCAGGCAAACACGUCACCAGCAUCUCCGACUUCCUCGGGUACUUCUACCUCUGUUCCCGAUCCACCUGAUCCAAAUAGCCCUGCGAUAUUGGUCCAAAUGACCGAACCUGCCUCUGCCAAAAAUAUCUUGUACAAAAUCGGCUCCAACAUCACUUUUGGAUGGAAAUACUCGGGCGAUUUCGCAUCUGGAUACGCACCGAAAUCUAUCAAUGUCUUUGCACAAUCAUCUCUUGAUCAAAAUAACUAUUACACCAUCGCUGCAAACGCUACCGGUAAUACAACUAAAGUCAUUUGGAUCACUGCAACAGAAUCUUCACUGCCCAUGGCCACCUAUAGAUUGUAUAUAUGUGAUGAGAGAGGAUUAACCGGUGUUCCAAUGCCUGGUGCUUUGUCCGUUUUCUCGGGUCUUCAGUUUGGGAUGUAUACACCUCGUGGACGUACAGAUCUUCCAGCUGUGCUACUUGCGAGGGAGCGAACCUAA